AUGCUCAACAUAGGUAUUGCUGGACUGCAGGAGACAAGUCUCCCCUCAAACAGCAAACUCAAAGGACAGGGUUUCACCUUCUUAUGGCAGGGAAGAGAUCCAGAUGAACUUCGUCAGCAUGCUGUUGGCUUUGCAGUGAGAAACGUAUUACUCUCCUCAAUAGAACCACCAUCAGGUGGCACUGAGCGUAUUCUCUCUCGGCGCUUCUUGAGUCGUUCUGGCUCAGUACAUUUACUGAGCAUCUAUACUCACACUCUCUACAGCUCAGAGGAGACCAAGGACCAGUUCUACAAAGUUCUCAACUGUGUCAUUAGAAACAUACCAACCAACGAAAACAUCUACCUUCUAGGAGAUUUUAACGCUCGCGUGGGAUCUGACCAUGACUCGUGGCCUAUUUGUGUCGGAUAUUUUGGUAUUGACAACAUGAACGACAAUGGUCAGAGACUCCUUGGAUUUUGCACAUACCAUAACCUGUACAUCACCAACACUUUCUUUGCCAACAAGCCAUCCCACAAGGCAUCUUGGAGACAUCCAAGAUCUCACCACUGGCAUCAAUUGGAUCUCAUCAUCACACGAAGAUCCUUUCUGAAUUCUGUCCAACUGACCUGUAGUUACCACAGCGCGGUUUGUGACAAAGAUCAUUCACUAAUAAGAAGCAGGGUGAAGAUUCUGCCCCCAAAAGUCCAUCACUCCAAGAAAAUGGGCCGACCACGCAUAAACACUGCCAGGACCUCGGACCCUACACUGCAAAAAUGUCUUGAUGUUUCUAUCAAGGUUGCCCUCGGUAGCUGCCCAUCCUCCUUUGCUGAAAGUAGGUGGAAUUAUAUCAGGGAAGCUUUGUAUACCACAUCAAUAGAUACUUUCGGCAUGAGUGAAAGGCAAAACUCAGAUUGGUUCAGUGCUGGGCUCUGA